AUGGAAGACGACUAUGAUGAAUAUCGUCGUUGGGAUGGUGACGUUGAUGUAGAGGCUGAUGACAAUGAUGACAUAUUAGAAAAUCCACAAGAAACUCUAACUCAAUGCUUGGAGAAAUUUAGUAGUGCUGAUUAUAUUAUGGAACCAGGAAUAUUUUCACAGCUUAAAAGGUAUUUUCAAGUGGGUGGAACUCCUGAGCAUGUUAUAGAAUUGUUAUCAAAGAAUUAUAUUGGUGUCGCUCAGAUGGCAAAUAUGGUAGCUGAAUGGUUGAUUCUAGGAGGUGUUGCGGUUGGUGAAGUUCAAUCUUUUGUUGAAAACCAUCUCAAAGAUAUGGUACUAAAAACAUUUGAUCCUAAAAAAGCAGAUACAAUAUUUAGUGAAGAAGGAGAAACUCCAGCUUGGUUAACAGAAAUGAUUGAACAUAAAAUAUGGAGGUCUUUAAUUUAUAGAUUAGCAGAAGAAUAUCCUGAUUGUUUGAUGCUUAACUUUACAAUUAAGUUGAUAUCAGAUGCUGGAUAUCAGGGUGAAAUUACAAGUAUAUCUACAGCUUCUCAACAAAUUGAAGUAUAUUCCCGAAUAUUAAAAAAUUUUAUUACAGAAUCCAUAAAAACAUCCAGUGAAAAUCGUCAAAAUACAAUUCAAGAAUGUGCUAAAAUGGUGUGUCAUAGCCAACAUACUUAUGUUUUUACAUUAGUUGCUCUUCAAGUUUUAUCUAAAGAAACUAAUGGAGGAGUAAACAUGAAGAGAUUUUCUCAAGAAAUAACUCGCUGUGCUCAAGAGAGGAAUGAUGUGACUCCCAUUACUAUGGCAUUAAAUGGUGCUGCCCCGUAUGACCAGCCUUGUGCAGCAUUAAGUUCUAUGUUAUCACGGAAUGCCUUAAAUCCUGCUGAUAUAAAUGUAUUACAUAAGCAUUAUUCUUCAGCAGAUUCACCUCCUGUCAGUUUACUUAGAAUACCACAAUUUCUUGAAUUAUUAGUUCAGGCUCUAUUUAAACCUGGAAUGAAAUUAAAUCCAGAAUACAAACCCAAGUACAUAUAUCUUUAUGCUUAUUCUGCUAGUGUGUAUGAGGUCACAUCUGGUAAAAAAAGAAAAGUUAUUAAUAAGGAUGAUUUAAAAUCUACAAUACAAGCAGUUGAUAAAGUUCAUAGUAUUUGCAAUUUGAAUAAAAGUUCAACAGAAUUAAUUGCUGAAGUUGCAACUAUUUACCAUUGCAUCAGAUAUCCCGCUGUUGCUGUUGGUUUAAUAUGUUGGGUUGAGAGUACUGUGACGGAACCCAGUUUCUUCAAGUUAUGUACUGAACAUACACCUACACAUUUAGCACUUUUAGAUGAAGUUGUUACAUGCCAUCCACAACUGCAUAAUAUCAUAUUAAAGUUAUUUGUGUCUCUUUUUGAAUCUAAACAGGAUGAACUAGAAAUUCUAGUACAUUUGGAGAUGAAAAAGAUGUUGCUUGACCGUAUGGUGAACUUAUUGUGUUGUGGUUGUGUUGUUCCAGUUAUAAAAUAUAUUGAACAGUGCUGGCAUAGAGGAGAUACUGAUAUUUCUUUGAUACGUUAUUUUGUUACAGAAGCUUUGGAAGCAGUGUCUCCUCCUUAUUCAGUUGAAUUUGUUGAUUUAUUUUUACCAAUUGUUGAAAAUGAAGAAAUAACUGGUACAAUGCGAUGUGAUGGAGAAAAUGAUCCAGUUUCAGAAUUCAUUGUGCACUGCAAAGGAAUGACAAUAUAAAAUUAUCGACAUUUAAGAUAUUUAAUAGAAGUAUAAAAAAAAAUUUAUUUCCAUGUAUAGUUUACUUUAUUAGUGUAAAUUUGUACAAAACUAUAAGGUUUAAAAUAUAUUGUAUUUUAUAUUUGCUUAUCUUUUAUAAAUUAUAACUAACAAAAUAAUUACAUAAUUUGUA